AUGGUUGGAUCUGCAUCGGAGACGUUGAGACGAGCCUCGAUUGCCUGCGUAGCCUGUAGGGAUCGAAGAGUCAAAUGUGACGGGGACGCUGGUAAACGAGGCGAACAAUGUUCGAAUUGUAGCACAUCUAAUCGGUCGUGUGUGUAUCGAUUUGAUGACCGUCGGAAGAGAUCAACAUCAAAAGCGUAUAUCCAAACCCUGCAAGAUCGAAUUGCCGCACUUGAGCAGAGCAGAACAUCUACCAAUCUAUUUCUAGGGAAUGGCGUACAUUCGGGUCAAUUGGACUUGGACUCAGUUCGGCUAAGCAACAAGCAGCAAAGCAAUGUCUCGACCAUAGAUGAAAACGCUGGGUUUGAGUGUCAUUCCGGAGGCCUUCCUAGAGCCGUCAAUCGAGUACCACUUAAUACGGAGUCUUUAACGAAAGACUUUGGACUUGGAAAACCAAACACUCAGAGACGAUUUAGCAACGGCAACUUGAACAAAGAUGAAAAUGGACAAUUACAUUUUUUUGGAUACUCUUCCAACCUUCAAAUCGUCUCAUUUCUACCAACAUCCCCUAUUUCAGCGAUAGCGGCCGAAUUACCAUCUGAUACAACGGAUGCCGAGACGGAACGACUCUCGGACUCGCAAGAAAUGAAGGAUCAUCUUAUUGGUCUCUAUUUCACAUAUCAGCAUCCUGCACUGCCUAUAUUAGACGAGGAGACCUUCCACGCAAACUACCGGAAAGAAUCCAAAUCUCAGUACUAUUCGCCAUUGCUGCUCUACUCUAUUCUCUUGAGAGCAUUACGUCUCAGUGAUAGAAAAGCUGCAACAGGACUUGGUGUCGUAUUUUUGAGGCGUGCCAAAGCCGAAUUGCUUGAUGAGCUUGAAAACCCUACUAUAGCCACCAUACAAGCUCUGUGCAUCUUUGGCCACUACCUGGGUAGCUUGGGCAAUGAUCGAUCCUGUUGGUUAUAUCCCGGUAUAUAUCUUCACACGUUUGCCCUGUGA